AUGUCUUUCACUAUCAUUGGUUCCUCGUAUACCAACGAUGUUUACACGUAUUCCUUUGAGGGUGACUCUCUGGCUUUGAAAAGUUCUGUUGAAGUUGGUUUUCAUCCCUCUUGGAUUGCGUUCCAUCCCGAAGACAGAUCGUUGAUUUUUGCUGGCCUGGAACAAGAUGAAGGGAAGAUUAUAGCAAUCAAGUACGAUGCCGAAUUCAAAGGCACUGUAGUGGCAGAAUCGUCCAGUGGAGGAAAAGAUCCUUGCUCCGUUGUCGUAGUGAAGGAUGAACUACUUAUUGCUAAUUAUUCCAGUGGAUCGAUCUCUGUUCUCCCGGUGUCCCAGAACGCGCCAUACAUACUUGCGGAUACACCUACCAGCACGAUCACGUUGAGCGGAUCUGGACCUAAUCAAGAACGCCAGUUGUCACCACAUACUCACCAAGUCAUCUACAUUGAUGAGUAUAAUGAAAUACUGGUUCCUGACUUGGGCGGAGAUCGCGUCUACCGACUUAAGAAAGAUGCGAAGGGUACAUGGAACAUAGCCGGUCAUAUCGACCACGAGGCGGGCAGCGGUCCUAGACACGUUGCUGUUCACGAUGGAUAUUUGUACACUUUGCUCGAAUUGAAAAGCUCUAUCGCGAAACAUUCUUUCCCUCGUUCUCCCACUUCCGACGUUAAAUUCAUUGCGAAAACUCCCACCAUGUAUAAUCCACCACCCUUACCCAACGAUAUGCUCGCUGCUGAGAUCCUUAUUCCAAAACCCAACGCGAUAUUUACUACACCAUAUGUGUACGUUUCGAACCGAAACCAUCCUUCGCCAGAGGGUGAUUCUGUCGCGAUUUUUUCCAUCGAGAAGCCUGAUGCGCCAGAACUCAUCGCAGAGAUCAGAACUGGGCUACGACAUCUCCGCGGUAUGGAAUUCGGCGGACCAGAUGACAGGUAUCUUUGUGCUGGAGGUUUGUACGCUGGCGGGGUCAGAAUAUUCGAACGGACGGAAGGAGGAAAAAAUUUGAAGCUAGUUGCACAGAAUUCCAGCAUCAAGUCUCCGACUGGAUUCCUCUGGGUGUAA